UUGACGGCAUGAAAAACAUGGAAGAAGGAGGGGUGCAAGCUUCCUGACUUGCUGCUUGCUUCCUCUUUAUAGUCCAGAAAUGGAAAAAAACGAAAGUGUGAAAGAGAGAAAGUGCCAGAGGAGGGUAUUUCCAGCGGAGGAAUUCCAGACCUCUUAGUGGAUCUUAUCACCUCUGAUUCCGGGAAGAAUGGACGCUGUCCAGUCUGUGGACCACCUCUUUAAAUACAGCAUCACAACAGCUUUAAACUCAGAACCAUUCAAUCCUCUGAAAAAGACACAUCACCUGCACUGUGAUAUUGAACACGACUAAAAAGAUCACUUACAAUGGACUUGCAGAGAACAAUCAGCUUCAAAACUAUACAUUUUUCACUUUUCCUUCUGUUUUCAAUGCUUCUUUAUUGGACCACAGUACAAGGCUGGUCCUACAACUACUCCAACACAAAAAUGAACUGGGAUGAAGCCCGUACAUUUUGUAAGAAAAACUACACAGAUAUGGUAGCAAUCCAGAACCACGGAGAAAUCAACCACCUCAACAGCAUCCUCCCCCGAGUGAGUGGAUACUACUGGAUCGGCAUCCGCAAGAUCAACAACAGCUGGACCUGGGUGGGCACCAACAAGAAGCUGACAGCUGAGGCUGAGAACUGGGCAGAGCAUGAGCCCAAUAAUGGGCGAAACAAUGAGGACUGUGUGGAGAUCUACAUUAAGCGAGAAAAGGAUGAAGGAAAAUGGAACGAUGAGUCCUGCAAAAAAAAGAAGACUGCCCUUUGCUACACUGCAUCCUGCGAGAAAGACUCCUGCAGCUACCAUGGCGAGUGUGUGGAGACCAUCAACAGCCACAAGUGUGAAUGUUUUGAAGGUUUCUAUGGAGAAAAGUGUGAAAAUGUUGUCAAAUGCCAAGCAGAGGACAUAUUUAAUCCUGAGAAUGGCAGUGUCCACUGUGUCCACCCAAACGGAGGGUUCUCCUAUAAUUCUCAGUGUGAGUACACCUGUAAUGAAGGUUACCAGGCAGUCGGCUCACAAACAACACGGUGCGAAAGCUUGGCAACUUGGUCAACUAAACCACCAACUUGUGAACCUGUCCAGUGCUCUGAGAUAUCCGAGCCUCUCCACGCCACCAUGCAGUGUAAUCAUCCUCUAGGAAUCUUCAGCUAUCAGUCCACCUGUGAGUUCAGCUGUCAGGAGGGAUACACACUGACCAGCUCAAGCUCCAGCAAGCUGAUGUGUGAAGCCACUGGACAGUGGAACGACUCAAAACCCAUCUGUGAAGCUAUCCUUUGCCCAGGUCUUGAGGACCCUGCAAAUGGCAGAAUGACCUGCAGUGGGGAGAGGUCCAGUUAUGGCAGCAUCUGCAGCUUCAGCUGCAAUGAGGGUUUCCAACUUAAGGGGACACCAGAAGUGAGCUGCACUGAAUCUGCAGAGUGGAGUCAAGAGAUGCCGUACUGUGAAGCUGUCCAGUGCUCUGAGAUAUCCGAGCCUCUCCACGCCACCAUGCAGUGUAAUCAUCCUCUAGGAAUCUUCAGCUAUCAGUCCACCUGUGAGUUCAGCUGUCAGGAGGGAUACACACUGACCAGCUCAAGAUCCAGCAAGCUGAUGUGUGAAGCCACUGGACAGUGGAACGACUCAAAACCCAUCUGUGAAGCUAUCCUUUGCCCAGGUCUCGAGGAUCCUGCAAAUGGCAGAAUGACCUGCAGUGGGGAGAGGUCCAGUUAUGGCAGCAUCUGCAGCUUCAGCUGCAAUGAGGGUUUCCAACUUAAGGGGACACCAGAAGUGAGCUGCACUGAAUCUGCAGAGUGGAGUCAAGAGAUGCCGUACUGUGAAGCUGUCCAGUGCUCUGAGAUAUCCGAGCCUCUCCACGCCACCAUGCAGUGUAAUCAUCCUCUAGGAAUCUUCAGCUAUCAGUCCACCUGUGAGUUCAGCUGUCAGGAGGGAUACACACUGACCAGCUCAAGAUCCAGCAAGCUGAUGUGUGAAGUCACUGGACAGUGGAACGACUCAAAACCCGUCUGUGAAGCUGUCCUUUGUCCAGCUCUUGAGGACCCUGCAAAUGGCAGAAUGACCUGCAGUGGGGAGAGGUCCAGUUAUGGCAGCAUCUGCAGCUUCAGCUGCAAUGAGGGUUUCCAACUUAAGGGGACACCAGAAGUGAGCUGCACUGAAUCUGCAGAGUGGAGUCAGGAGAUGCCGUACUGUGAAGCUGUCCAGUGCUCUGAGAUAUCCGAGCCUCUCCACGCCACCAUGCAGUGUAAUCAUCCUCUAGGAAUCUUCAGCUAUCAGUCCACCUGUGAGUUCAGCUGUCAGGAGGGAUACACACUGACCAGCUCAAGCUCCAGCAAGCUGAUGUGUGAAGCCACUGGACAGUGGAACGACUCAAAACCCAUCUGUGAAGCUUCUCCAGCUCACUCUUUCUUGAGUGACCCUGUAGUAACUGGCCUGACCGUAGCAGGAGGUGCUACUGCUUUCUCCAGCCUUGCUCUGGCUGCCUGGAUACUGAAGAAACUCAAGCAGAAAGCUGAAAAGUUUGAUUUAAGUGACUCAGACAUUGAUGUGUCGCCCCAAACUGUAGGUAUGAUGUUUCUCAGGGUGAUGUGUCUGCAGAUGCAGCUUCUGCUGUACCUCAGACUGACAUCUGUGGCUGUCACAAGCUGGAGCUACUCCGUCUCUAACCAGAACAUGAGCUGGUCCAACUCCAGCACCUGGUGUACUAAGAACUACACAGGUCUGAUGGUCAUUCAGAACAGGGAGCAGCAUGACUAUCUUAAGCGUGAACUGUUACAAACAAAUAAAUACUGGAUUGGCCUCAGAAAGAACUCUAGUGUCUGGAUGUGGUAUGGAACGUCAAGGAAAAUGGAGAGUCAAGAAUUAUGGGAUCCAAAUGAACCCAAUAACAUAAAGGAAAAUGAGGACUGUGUGGAAAUGUCCAUAAGGCGUAAUGAACCUGAGCGUAACGGCAAGUUUAAUGACGAAACGUGUAGUAAAACAAAACUUGCCCUGUGCUAUACAGAACACUGCAGGUCAAACCCGUGCGUCAAUGGAGCAAAGUGCCAGGAGACGAUCAACGGCUACAACUGCACUUGCAUCCAGAUGUCUGUUGUUGGUGGGAAAGUGAACUGCUCUACAGACAAAAGCCCGUUGUGUACAGUGGAGUGCCUCCCUGGUCACCUGCUUCUGGGCCCUCAGGAAUACAGCUGUCGACCUGGUGGCUCAUGGAGCCUCUUUAGACCACUGUGUGCAAGUUAUGGCCAUUUGUUACUGGCUUCAACUAUGUGCAGCGUCCUUUCCACAGAUUCUUACUCCAGCUAUGCUCUUAAGAUGUUUGUUAUGAAGCAUAUGAGUCUGGGUUUUGGAUGGCUGAGUCUUACUAUCAUGGUUUAUAAUGCCCAGGCCUGGACGUACCAUUACCAAACAGAGAACAACAUGGACUGGUUGACAGCUCGCCAGUGGUGCCAAAGACAUUUUACAGAUAUGGUGGCAAUCCAGAACCAGGGGGAGAUUGCCUACCUGGACCAGAUUCUGCCAUUUCAUCGCACAUACUACUGGAUUGGUAUCAGGAAGGUGGAGGGGGAGUGGAUGUGGGUGGGGACCAGAAAGCCCCUGACUGAUGAGGCAGCCAACUGGGCAACCGGAGAGCCCAAUAAUCAGGGCAGUGGUGAAGAUUGUGUGGAAAUGUACAUCAAGAGGCAAAAGGACACAGCAAAGUGGAAUGAUGAGAGGUGCAACAAGAGGAAAGCAGCGCUUUGUUACAAAGCGUCCUGUUUUGAGACGUCCUGCAGUGAACAUGCUGAGUGUGUGGAAAUCAUUGGGAACUACAAAUGCCAGUGUCACCAAGGCUUCACCGGACCUCGCUGUGAACAAGUUGUACAGUGUCCUCCACUUAUGAAGGCGGUCAUUGGUUGGAAUAUGAACUGCAGCAAUCCUAUCAACUCAAACAGCUACAGCUCCACCUGCACGUUCAGCUGUGAGGAGGGCUUUGAGCUUGUAGGCUCACCCACAACCCAGUGUGAUCAUACUGGACACUGGACACAACCAGCCCCGACCUGUACAGCUGUAACUUGUGGCCCCCCUAUGGUCCCUGCCAAUGGCAAUAUGACCUGCACUGGUCCUCUUGCAAAGUUCUCCUUUCGUUCAUCCUGUGCUUUGAUCUGUGAGGAAGGAUAUUCACCAGCAGGAGAGAGCACCCUGACCUGUCUCAAGACAGGCAACUGGUCUGCAGAAACACCCACAUGUGAAGUUGUGUCUUGUGGUUCCCUGAUGAUCCCAAAUGGUAAUGUAACCUGCAGUGACCCGCUGGGAAAGUUCUCGUUUCGCUCGUCCUGCACUGUGACCUGUGAGAAGGGAUUUACACUGAGAGGAGAGAGCACACUGACCUGCCUGGAGACCAGCAACUGGUCUACAGAAACACCCACAUGUGCAGCUCGACAGUGUCCUCUGCUGUUCAGUCCAGAGAAUGGAUGGAUGAACUGUUCUGAUCCUCACUGGUCCUUCAGUUACGGCUCACUCUGCAGUUUCGGGUGUGAGGACGGUCAUGUACUCACAGGAGAACCUUCGCUAGACUGCACUGUGACUGGAUCCUGGAGUCAAGAGACUCCUUUCUGUGAUGCUGUUCAGUGCGAGCCCCUCUCAUAUUUACCACUCGUCCACUUGGAUGCUACUCUGGUUCCUUCUAUGAACUGUUUACACCCAAGGGGAAACUUUAGCUUUGGCUCUCAGUGUAUGUUCCAGUGUUCAGAAGGCUACAGGCUGAAUGGAACCAGUGAGCUGAUCUGUACCUCCACUGGGAUUUGGACAGCAAAGCUGCCCACCUGCAUUGCCGAGGAGAUGUCGUUAGGGACUGGCCUGCUUCUCUACACUGCUAUUGGUGCUGGAUCAUCAGUUGGUGUUCUGCUGGCUGCAGGGCUGGUUGUGCUGGUGGUACAGAUGUUGAAGAAGAAAAAGGGGCAUUACACACCAGAUAACUCAGCUUGGGAGGGGGAUCUGAAUCCCCCCUUUGAGGUGAAGUAGUGAAUGAAGUGCCUCUACCUGGACAGUACAUUUGGUGCUUUCUCUCCCUGACAUUUCCAGAUUUGUAGUAUUUCUUGACAUCAUUAAGAGCAUUAUGGGGUUGUCUUUAUAUAUCUGUUAUAUAAAUAAAGUGUGUAAUACUGUAA